AUGAAGCUCCUCUUCGCUCUCUUCGCCGCAUCGGCUGUACUGGCUCAAUACAGCACUGAUUCGGCGUGCCUGGCGCCUUAUCCCAAUACGUACUCAUCAACAACUUGCGUAUCAAACUGGACAUCUGCAAUCUCCGCCUGCAUAGAUGGUGCCUGCAGUGUUUCAGUCUCUUCGACCAACGCGAACACUCGCACGAGCAUGUUCUUCACCCCUAGUCACGAUACCGCAUGUCAGCAAAGCUCUGGACUAGGAGACACUCAGCCUCCGUCCACGCUUCAACUACGACCUGGCAUUUGUCAAACCAACCUUUACCAAUUCCACUCGUUCUUGGUCUCCACCGGUCAGAAUGGUACUCAGCAAGACUGCUCACUGGGACUGUUCGAAGAAAGUCAAUGUGCUGGUGGCACGCGAGAGGUCCCACUUGACCUUAGCAUUAUCUCGACUGGACUGUGCUGGUUCGUUGGUGGUCGAAGCGUGAUGCUCUCAUGUGGUGAAGGAGGAACUUUGUCCGACAACCAAGCCGCACACAGUUACCUAUCUUCUCUGUGCGGUAUUAGUGGCUACACAGCAACAUCCACUCGACUACAGUCUUCCACAAGCCUCAUCGCAGCAGAUACAAAUACCCUCGCUACCGCACUCUCUCCCAAAUCACUCUCGUCAAACCUCACAGCUGGCAUGAUCAGUGAUCCCCCUACUUCUGCAAACACAACAUCAUUCGCAACCACCAGUAUUGCUGUCAUCAUUCCUAGUGUCGUCUCAAUCAGUGGUAACAGUGUUGAAAGAAAGGCAGUCAAAAGAGACGGAGCUGCUCAGUGGGCCUUGGUCGUCGUCGUGUUUGCUAGAAGUCUUAUGUAUUGA